GGGAAGAUGAUGGAGUAGCAAUGGCAGGAGUUUCUGAGGCUAAUUAGGGAGGCACAGCAGAAAUUCAUCCCAAGGGAAAGGAAACAUUUAGGGGAGGAUAAAGCAACCAAAGCUGACAAGAGAAGUCAGGAACAGCAUAAAAACAAAAGAAAGUGCAUGCAGUGUGGUGAAGAUUAGCGGGAAGCUAGAGUUUUGGGAAGCCUUUAAAAACCAGCAGAGGGCAUCUAAAAAUUCAAUAAGGAAAGAGAUGAUGAAAUAUAAGGGAAAGCCAGCUAGUAAUAUGAAAAAAAGAUUGCAAGAGUUUUUUGAGAUAUCUAAGAGGUAACGAGUGAGGCAAGAGUGGACACUGGAAAAUGAGGCUGGAGAAGUAGUAAAGGGGAACAGAGAAAUGCUGGAGGAACUGAAAAGGUACCUUGCAUCAGUUUGCACAGUGGAAGACACAAGCAGCAUACCAGAACCUGGAGAGGCGGGAGGUGAAGCCAACAUCAGUCACGAGCCAGAUUUUGUGCAGCUGAGGAAGUGGCUUAAAAAGAAGGGCUUCAAUGGCUUCUACUUGGUGCCAGCAAAUUUUCCAGAUAUUGGCAGAGGAUUAAUGACCAGAAAAGCACUUGCGCCGGGAGAUCUUGUUAUUGCAUUACCUGAGAAAUGUCUGCUCACCACCAGCACUAUCCUAAGGGGUUAUUUGGGUGAAUACAUUAAGAGGUGGAAGCCUUGUUUGUCUCCCCUCCAAGCCUUGUGUACUUUUCUCAUUGCUGAGAGACAUUUUGGGAGCCGGUCUCCAUGGAAGCCCUAUAUUGAUGUGUUACCGGGGACAUACACGUGCCCAGUUUACUUAACAGAGGAAGUAAUUGAGCUGUUUCCCAGCUAUCUGGUUAAGAGGAUUCAGGAGCAAAAGAGAGUGGUUCAGGAGCUGUACCUUGCUUCAAAAUGCUUCUUCAGUUCCCUGCAGCCCUUAUUCUCAGAGCUUGUAGAGAAUGUUUUUACUUACGACGCCCUCCGCUGGGCUUGGUGCAGUAUCAAUACCAGGACGGUUUAUAUGGAGCAUGAGCAGAGUGAGUUUUUGUCCCGAGAACCAGAUAUCUAUGCCUUGGUGCCAUACUUGGACCUCCUCAAUCACAGUCCAUCUGCUCAGAUAACAGCUGCUUUCAACCAGAAAACCAAACAUUAUGAAAUUCGAACAGUGACAAAGUGCAGACGAUAUGAGCAGGUUUUCAUCUGCUAUGGGCCGCAUGACAACCAGCGGCUCCUACUGGAAUAUGGAUUUCUCACAAACAGCAAUCCACACAAUGUCGUAUAUGUCAGUAAAGAACUCCUUUGUAACCAUGUUUCUGAAAAGUACGAACUGGUGGACAGAAAGCUGCAGUUUCUACAGGAUGAAGGCCUCCUGGAAAACCUGACGUUUGGAUUCGAUGGACCAUCUUGGAGACUUCUAACAGUUCUUAAGAUCUUCUGCCUCAGAGUAGAGGAAUAGUAGGUGUUUAAAAUCUGAACAUUCAGAAACUAUUCUGCAUUUUGUAACUACUGGGUAUCCUUCACUAAU